AUGAUUGGUUCAAUCUUCCUGUGGGUGUGCUGGCCUUCCUUUAAUGCGGCAACGGCUACCCCAUUGGAUGCGAAGGAGCGUGCCGUACUCAAUACCGUACUCUCGCUGGUUGGAUCGACAAUGGCUACUUUCAUGCUGUCACAAGCCAUCGAUCGCCAUCGAAAAUUCGACAUGGUCACCAUCGCCAACUCGACGCUGGCCGGCGGAGUUGCUAUUGGGACAAUCGCCAACGUAAUUCUCGAGCCGGUCUACGCCAUUUUGAUCGGCUUCAUCGCUGGCAUUGUCUCGGUGCUCGGCUACAAGUUCUUGACGCCGUUCCUUACGGAGCGUAUCGGUUUGCACGACACCUGCGGCGUGCAUAAUCUGCAUGGAAUGCCCGGCCUGAUUGCCGGCAUCGUUUCCGUAAUUGCCGUAACUUACCCGGAAGACGACUACGGUGCAAGCAUCAACAACAUCUACACGGGAGUUCGAUCGACGGGUAGCGGAGGUCGCGGCUAUUCGUAUGGGGUUCAGGCGACUCAUCAACUCGCCGCAAUGUUCAUCAUCCUCGGCGCUUCCUUACUUUCCGGCGCGCUGACAGGCUUACUUCUUCGACUAAAGUUCUGGCGCCAACUCGAUGACGAGGCCCAAUACUCGGAUGCCGAAUUCUUCGAGAUCCCAGAUGAUUUUGAGAGAGUGACGGCCACGGCCCGGGAA